CACGCAUAUACCUAAACUUUCACUUGCAAAAUGGCAUCCAUCGUUCAAUCGCUUUCAGUCCCCUCAACUUACAAGGAUCAGCAAUAUCAAGGCACGUCCACCCAAUUGGCACAAGAUUUAGCUAAUUCGACCACGCUCUAUGUCGGAAAUUUAUCCUUCUAUACUACAGAAGAACAGAUCUACGAACUGUUCUCCAAAUGUGGAGAAAUUAAACGCAUUAUCAUGGGACUUGACCGCAAUCAAAAGACUCCUUGUGGGUUCUGCUUUGUUGAAUACUAUCACCACUCAGAUGCGCUGGAUUGUAUGAAGUAUAUCAACAGCUCAAAAUUAGAUGAGCGUAUUGUCCGCUCAGAUUUGGACCAUGGAUAUAGAGAAGGACGUCAAUUUGGUCGCGGUCGAAGUGGUGGUCAAGUACGUGAUGAGUACAGAUUGGAGUUUGAUGCUGGUCGUGGAGGCUGGGGCCAUGUGCGUGCACGACAGGAGGCUGAACGUGAAAGGGAUCAAAAAGCGAAUUAUGAAGCCAUCACCACUAUUCCUGAAGGUGCUAAUCUCGAUUAUAAAGACCGCAAAGAAGCUGAAUCAAACACCAAAAGAUCCAGGGAUGAUGAUGAUGAUGAUGACGAUGAGCAGCAGCGCGCAAAAGCCAAUCCUCGGUUUAGAGAAGGUGAUGAGGAUGAUGAUGACGCAUAGAAGGAGAAAAAAAUAGUACGUGGUUUUUAGCGUUGUUCCCAUCUCUUAAAUUGCGAUAAUGUAUAUACACAUAGGUUCGAACAGCAAAGCAUCGCAAGCACAAUUAUUCUUCACUAGUUCUUCGUUUAAUCUUGCUCAAUAAAGAAAAAAAGAG